AUGGCCGCCGGGUGGGGACGCGGCGGACGCCUCCUCGUCGCAGCAGCAAGCUUGCAAUGCUUGUGGAGCCUCGCUCUGGGCGCUGUGGACAUCUACGCACUUCUUGUCAAGCGUUCCUUCCGGUCUCCUCGAGCCACCACCAUAUAUUCCAUCGGGGACUGGGUCACAGGCGCGCUGACGUUCGCUGCAGCAAGUGGAUCAGCAGGCAUCACCAUUCUCCUCGACGACGACCUGAUGUUGUGCUCGGAGAACCACUGCCCAAGCUUCAUGGCCGCCACCGCCAUGGCUUUCUUUAGCUGGUUCGCGAUCGCGCCGUCCUGCCUCUUUAACCUCAUGAUGGCGGUCUACAGACAAUUAGGGAGUAGCUUUGAUGUUCAGAAGGGUGGCUGUGAAGCUCUGCAUUCUGUUUUCAGCAGCGCGUGA